AUGGUGGAAGAGGCUAUAAAACGGAAAUUGGAACAUUUCCCUAAACUGUCUAACAAAGACAACAAGAAGCUCUUCGACCUAACUGACAUCUUAGCGGAAAUACAGAGCAUCAAGGACAAUCACCAGUACCAUAAUCUCUUGGCAUAUUAUGACACUUCUUCAGGCAUUCUCCCCAUCAUAAGGAAACUACCGUAUGCCUUGCAAGAAAAAUGGACGUCAAGAGCUGUCCGCUACAAAAGAGAAAACAGAGUGACAUUUCCACCCUUCGACGAACUUGUCGUGUUUAUGCAAGAAAUGAGUCGGAUAAAGAACGAUCCUAGCUUCAUCUACGAUGUGAACAAUAACGUAGAGAAACCAAGUUCAACGAACCCAAGUACUCACAACAGACUUAAAGUGAACGUUAGAAAGACUGAAGCUACGAAGGGCAACACUGACAGUGUAUUUAAGUGCAUUCUACAUACUAACUCGAAGCACACUUUGAACGAAUGUAAAGCAUUCAGGGCCAAGUCUAUUGAACAGAGACGACAACUCGUGAAGGAGAAUGGUUUAUGUUUUCGAUGCUGCGGAUCCAAGGAGCACUUCAAACGAGACUGUAAGGUAGUCAUAAAGUGCACAGAGUGCGGUAGCGACACACACCCCUCAGCAUUGCACAUCACACCUCAGUUAACGAGAACUCACAACAUGACUGAAGUUCAUGACGGGGAGCACAACGCAGAAGUUGACUCAAAAUGUACCCAAAUUUGUGGUAAUGCUCGAUUCACUAGCAAAUCAUGUUCCAAGACAAUUUUAGUGAAAGUUUUCCGCGAAGGCUUCCCAGACAAUGCAGUAAAACUGUAUGCCAUAAUAGACGAUCAGAGUAAUCGUUCCCUAGUAAAGUCAAAACUACUCAAUGAUCUACAAGUCAAGAGUGAAUACAUAGACUUCAUAUUGACGUCAUGUGCAGGUUCGAGUCCUACCAAAGGAAGAAGUGCUACUGGUCUCAUAAUACAGUCCUUAGAUGGCAGCACUCAACUUAAAUUGCCCAUUGUUAUCGAGUGCAACCACAUUCCACACAAUCGUUCGGAGAUCCCAACUCCAUGUGUUGCCAGAUCCUACCCCCAUCUGAGGGACAUCGCUGGAUCAAUUCCCGAUUUGGACGAUCAAUGCGACACACUGCUUUUAAUAGGUAGAGACUUAUUAGAGGCACACCAUGUCUUAGAUCAACGCCUUGGUCCUAAGACCACACCGUAUGCUCAAAGACUUCAUCUUGGUUGGGUGAUUGUUGGAGAAGCCUGCCAUAACCAGACCCACAUACCUGAGAUUGUGAAUGUGAAUAAAAUUAACAUCCUUGGAAGUGGUCGUCCAUCCUUAUUUCUACCGUGCAACAGUGCUUUCAACGUCAAGGAGAUUACCGAAGGGACUGCGACGAGAGCUGUAAGGCCCCUCUUCCCUUCAAACAAAUCUACCAUUGGUCAACCAAACACUAUCCAGAAUCCUAUUGAUCCAGGUAUAUUCACAAGAUCUGCUCACGAUGAGAAGAUAAGAUUUUCUGAGGAAGAAAGAAAUUUCGUCGCUCUAAUGGAUAAAGAUUUCAAAAGGGACUGCGAUGGGAGCUGGAAAGUCCCUCUUCCCUUCAAGAAAUACCGACAAAAAUUGCCAAAUAACAGGCCACAGGCUUUAAAACGAGCUAACAUUCUUGCAACUAGUCUCCGUAAGAAUGGCACAAAGAGACAACAUUUCAUAUCAUCCAUGGAGAAAAUCUUCAGCAGAGGACAUGCUGGCCCAGCACAACCUCUUAAAGAAAACCAAGAGUGCUGGUACCUUCCAUUCUUUGGGGUCUACCACCCCAGGAAACCAGACCAAAUUAGAGGGGUGUUCGACUCCUCAGCUACCUAUGGGGGAACAUCCUUGAACAAUGUUUUAUUCCAAGGCCCGGAUCUGACGAACAGUCUCCUAGGUGUACUUCUACGCUUCCGUAAAGAAAUGAUAGCGGUAGUGGCAGACAUACAACACAUGUUCCAUUGUUUUAAAGUUGUAGAAGAACACAGGAACUAUUUGAGAUUUUUUUGGCACAGAGACAAUGAUGUGAACAACGAGCUGAUGGAAUACUGUAUGUUUGUGCAUGUAUUUGGCAACAGACCAUCCCCGGCAGUCGCAACAUACGGUCUUCGUAAAAUUGCUGACAUAUCCGAGAACACACAUGGAAUAGAAGUCGCACAGUUUAUCCGUAGAAACUUAUAUGUAGACGAUGGACUAACAUCAUGUCCCACAGCCGAAGAAGCCAUAAGUUUGUUGCAGAAAACUCAAGAUGCAUUGAAACGAAAUGGCAAUCUAAGAUUACACAAGUUCGCGUCGAACAGCUCCACUGUAAUGAAAACCCUUGAUCCUGAUGACUUGGCUGAUGGUGUCUAUUAUCUUGACUUGGAGGAUGAUCCAGCAAUGCAACGGAGUCUUGGCAUCAAUUGGAAUCUCACCAGUGACAGUUUCAUAUUCAGUGUCUCAACAGAGGACAAACCAUUGACAAGAAGAGGCGUUUUGUCGACAGUUAACAGUUUAUAUGACCCUCUUGGCUUUCUUGCACCAGUGAUCAUCGUAGGAAGACUCAUUAUGAGGCAGGUCGUCUCGGAAACAUAUGAUUGGGAUGAACCACUGACUGAACCUGUCAAGUCUCAAUGGGCAACUUAG